AUGACAACCAGUCUCGUGACUAUCAUAUUGGUCUUCACCUUGUUGGUGAGCAGCAUACCAGUAAAUUUCAGCUUUCAUGAUACAGCCUUCCGACCUGACGACGUUGAGAAUAAAACAACAUCAGACAAGAAACUGACUUGUUUAAUUCUGGGCCAAUAUUCCCGCUUUUGUGAAAAUCAAGGUGGAGACAGUGAACCAAAUAACAUCCGGGAAGAAUCCAUGGAAGGAAAAAUAUUUUCACCAUGUCGAGGGCUAGCUUGCAAACUAAAACGUCAAAUGAAAAUCCCUGAAAUGAAACAAUUCGUCGACUUCAAUAAGAGACAAAAUCGUCUGGCAGAAGAUGGCUCUGCUUUUUACAGUGGAUGGUGA